GGCCUUGUAAUAAUGGUUUGAUUGCUGUUUCAGGCCACUUUCAGCAUUUUGUGAUAUUUGUAGCAGUCAAUUUUUAUUGGUGGAAGAAGCUGGAGUGCCUGGAGAAAAGCAAGAAACUGACAAUCCUGGUCAAUUAAGAUUGGAGUUGAACAUAUUGAAUGCACUGGCCUAAUGAUGAAUACAAACUAGUGAUACAGUAGUUGACUUCUUAUACUAUAUAUUCACAAAGGUCCUCAAUUAUGGUUUGACACUGAUAAGCCUACUCAUUUAAUGAUGAUAAUUUGGUGCUAGUACACCAUGUCCACAAUUUUUAUAGUAAAAUACCAAGAAAAAAGAUUAAAUGGAGAGCAACACAAUAACUAUACCUUCAUCAAUUCCUGACCAGUUAACUGUGGAUGAUGAAGUGACUCCAAUAACUGACUGUUCAGAGGAGGAUUCUAAUCCACCAUUACAGACAUCUGACCAACUUACUACAGAUGGCUUGGCAGAUAACUCAGUUGUUAAUAGCUUUGUUGGAAGUACUGUUUUGCAGGCAGGCAGCCUAGAUGGAAGUGUGGUCAUUGAUGCAGGCAAUCUCGAUGGAGGUACUGUCAUUGAUGCAAGCAGCUUGGUAGUAAGUUCUGUCAUAGAUGCUGGUAGUCUUGAGGAAAAUACUGUCAUUGAUGCAGGCAGCUUGGUAGUAAGUUCUGUCAUAGAUGGUAGUUUGACAGGGAGUACAGUGAUUGCUGCCAGCAGUUUAGCUGGAACAACAGUUGUAAAUGAAGGAACAUUGCCAGUGAGUUUUGAGUCAGAUCAUUCUAAUCACCUUGAUAUUACCAAUGCCAAGGUCACUAGUAUGGAACAUAUCCAAAAUGUAAUGAGUUUCCCUACUUCUUUGGACACUCCAUCUACUGUUGUUGAUAUAAGUCAUAUUGUACAGCAACUAAACACUUCUGUUACCCCCCCAGCCAUUAUAACUGGAGAUGGAUCUCAGACGGUACAGGCUGUUACUCUGUCAGAUGGAACUACAGCCUUUAUACAGCAUCCAAAAGGUGGCAAGUUUUUGGAAGGACAGACUAUUACAUUAGAGGAUGGUACGACAGCAGUUGUUCAAGUUACUAACUUAACAGUUCACCCAUCAUCUAUGGCAACUGAUGCAGAUACAAUUUUACAUGAGAAUACAUCCACAUUGGAGAACUCUGUGCAGGGAGACCACUCUAUCCAGCUUGAGGAUGGAACAACAGCAUACAUUCAAAAUACAGUCAAAGAUGGCACUAACAUACAAGCAUUACAACUAGAAGAUGGCACAACAGCUUAUAUUACACAUCCAUCAGCUAUUUCAUUGUUUGGAGAACAUGCCCUUGAUGCAUCAGGAAUCAACCUGGAACAAUUCACCUCACAGGCAGAUGGCGUGAAACAAGAGGGAAGUCUACAAUCCUUACAGUUCAGUAAAGGACAGAUAUUACCAGGACACAUUACAGUAAUCACAGCUGGUAUUGGACCAGAGAAAACAUUGUCAGAGAAGUUCAUGAGUAAUAUCGGAGAGAGAGCUUUCAGAUGUAACUUUGAUGGAUGUGGUAGAUUAUUUACAACUCAACACCAUCUAAAGGUACAUGAGAGGUCCCAUACUGGAGAUCGGCCAUUUAAAUGUGAAAUAUCAGGAUGUGGUAAAGCUUUUGCUACUGGAUAUGGUCUCAAAAGUCACACACGAGUGCAUACUGGAGAAAAACCUUAUAAAUGUCCAGAGAAAGAAUGUGAUAAAGCUUUUAAGACAUCAGGAGAUUUACAGAAACAUGUGAGAACACAUACAGGAGAGAGGCCAUUUAAAUGUCCUUUUGAAGGCUGUGAUAGAUCGUUUACAACAUCAAACAUCAGAAAAGUCCACAUAAGAACACAUACUGGAGAACGACCAUAUGUGUGUACUGAGGAAGGGUGUGGUCGAGCGUUUGCCAGCGCUACAAAUUACAAAAAUCAUAUCAGAAUACAUACAGGGGAGAAGCCUUAUGUUUGUACAGUAGCAGGUUGUGGGAAGAAGUUUACAGAAUAUUCCAGUCUAUAUAAACACCAUGUAGUGCAUACUCACUCUAAACCUUACAUAUGUAAUAGAUGUGGUAAAACAUAUAGACAGACUUCAACUUUAGCAAUGCAUAAACGUACAGCACAUGGUGAGGAGGUCACUGCAGAAAGUGAGGCAGAACUAUAUGCUCAGCAACAACAACAUAUUACAGAGAAUGGAAGUGAGAGUGAAACUGGAGAGCCCCAUGCCAAGAAAGUUAAAUUUGAGUAUGCUUUAACUACCACAGAAGGAAAUGACACAUUAGUGAUAAAUAAUGGAAACAGUGGAAUGGAAUCUUUACAGCAGCAGUCUCAGGAAGAUAAUAACACAACAGUUAUACAGAAUACCCUCCCUGGAACAAUGACAUUAGAUCAACUACAGGGAGGAGUCACGGCCAUAUCUGUUUUAGAAAAUGGACAACAUGUAUAUGUAAUCACUGAUCCUUCACGACUAGAAGCCUUACAGCAUUUAGCUCAGCAGCAGCACCAGCAAGAGUCUAAUUCUGUACAUGAUAUUGUGAAUGCUGGAGAAGAAUGUGGACUGAGCACAGAGGAAUCGUCAUUAACAUGUGAAGAUUUAAACACAGAAGAACCUCCACUAAAUAUAGACAAUACAAUGACUGUUGUGGGAGAUAUUGAAUUCAAAGAUGAUUAGUGACUGAUUGUAAAACAAUGUAAUAUGUUUAAGUGGGAGAAGUUGUAAUGGCUUUGUAUAUGUCAGUGGUGGCAGUAAGCAAAGUACCUGAUCAUUAAUCUAAACAUUACCUUGGUUAAUAGACAAAAUGUUCAGGAUUGAGAAUGGUCCAUUGAAGAAAGCUACAGGAGGUUUAAUGUUAAAGUUACUGAAAGCUUUGUAAGUAAAAAAGGCAGGCAAACAAACACUGAUUUGUUCAGCUCAGUGAGCCAUGUGCUUAAAACUGCUUAAAUCAAAUCUGCCUCUUUUUUCAUCUGUGAAAGGCCAAUAUCAUGUUUUGGUUCCACCAUUGUAUAAGAUUGAAAAACCAAAAUGAUAAGAUCAAAACAAUAAAGAUCAUGCCAUAGUCUUCAAUCAUCUUUGUGACUAACAGAAAAUCUGAAAAUUAUUAGUUUCAUUAUUGUCAUUAAAGCUCUAAACAUGUGGAUA